UUUUUUUGUAUCAUUUCUGUAUUCAAUUUUUUAAUUCUUUCAUAACCCCAUUGGGUGUUUUUUAAAACUAAAUUAACAUGGCUCGAAUGAACCGCCCUGCUCCUGUGGAAGUCACAUACAAGAACAUGAGAUUCCUUAUUACACACAAUCCAACCAAUGCGACCUUAAACAAAUUUAUAGAGGAACUUAAGAAAUAUGGAGUUACCACAAUAGUAAGAGUAUGUGAAGCAACUUACGACACUACUCUUGUGGAGAAAGAAGGCAUUCAUGUUCUCGAUUGGCCUUUUGAUGAUGGUGCACCACCAUCCAACCAGAUUGUUGAUGACUGGUUAAGUCUUGUGAAGAUGAAGUUUCGUGAAGAACCUGGCUGCUGUAUUGCUGUCCAUUGCGUUGCAGGCCUUGGCAGAGCUCCAGUGCUUGUUGCCCUAGCAUUAAUUGAAGGUGGAAUGAAAUAUGAAGAUGCAGUACAGUUCAUAAGACACGGCGUGGAGCUUUUAACAGCAAGCAACUUUUGUAUCUGGAGAAGUACCGUCCUAAAAUGCGGCUGCGCUUCAAGGAUUCCAAUGGUCAUAGAAACAACUGUUGUAUUCAAUAAAACUGGGGUGCCUGGUGCCAUUGCCUUGGAAGUGGAACUUCAGAUGGGAUGUGAUUUGUCAUACAUAAUUAACCAACGUAUGGGCUUAUUGAAUAAGUCUACUGAAGCUUCCACAGUAAUAUUGAAAACCAGUUUUACCAGGCCACAAGCUUGACAGAAUUGCAACCUCUAUAUUUGGGUUUGAUCAACCUGUUUGGACAGUUAGCAAAAGAUCUUUGCUGGUCAGCAUUUAAAAUGUGCUUAUUAUUUGUACCAAUUCACCUUUCCUAAUAUACGGUAUUGAGUUAUGUCCUUAAAUGUACCCCUGUGCCAGAGUAUUAUUAGUAUAUAAGGAAUUUAGAAAGAUUAGGUGCCAAAAGACCCAGCACAAUACCUGUAUAUUUUUAGCAUCAUACAGAACCAAAAUUCCAGGAACUAAGAACACUUUAGACCUUCCAUGGUUUAUUCCUUCAGUCAUUUCAAACACUGCAGGGCUUCUCUCCUUAUCUGCCUGCUCACUCUGUUUACAUCUCCCACACUCAUACCAGUGUGCAUCAGGUUUGCUUAGCCAUCAAUAUUUUUUUAGGAAGUCUUGUGCUGAUUAUUUAAUGUCUUUGUCUUAUUUUGUGCUGUUAUGAGAAACCUCCAUUUGAAAAUCGAUUUGUUACAGAAGCACAUUUCUUCAAUAAUGUCUCCAAACAAAAAGCCUUAUAGUUAAUUGAAUGUUUGCACCCAAAGGUGCAACUUAACUUAACAGGGAGGGCCUGAUGAAAGAACGGGAGGAGGCUAUUAAAUGUUUUAGUAAAAUGUUGCCUUUGUCCUGUGCAGAACAUGUAGAAUACGCUCUUUAAUUUAGUAAAUAUUUUUAAAAGGUAGACACAUUGUUGUAGCUAACCAAUUCUGAAUCAAAAUUUCUGAAAUUCUUUUUUCCAAUACCUGUCAGAAUAUGUUUUCCAACUUGCUUGAAUUAUGGUUUUCCCCUCUCUUCCCAACCUCUGGCAAAAAAGACGUGGGGUCUGCUAAUGAACUAGCAGACACAUUUUAUAUGCCUUUUCAGCCAUGUCACUUAAUAAUUGGAUACUUGAUCAUUUGUUUUAUUAUGUAAUCGAUAAAAUGCUGAUGUGUAUUGUUAGUUCAGCCAUAUAUUUAUACUGUCUGGGAAUGUGUGGUUAUAGUUCUGUGGGAGAAAUAAUUUGUCAGUGUUCACCAGCUUGUAAAAACUUAGUGCAAGAGCUUCAACAUCUAAGUAAAUGCAUUUGUCACUGAGGUUAUUUUGCUUAAAAUUAACUUAUUUUGUAGAAAACAAUGGAUUCAGUUAAUAUUUGAAUUUAUGAACAAAUUUGUUAGGGUUAUGGGCACUGUUGAAUACCAAGUGCUUUUUAUUAUAAAUUUUACUCUUUAAAGGUCUAGAUAAUUUUGAACCAAUUGAAUGUUGUGUACUGAGGGAAAACAGUUUGUAAUAGAUGAUGACCUUGAUUUUUAAGAUUCAGUCCCAUCAGUCAAUGGUUUUGUGCAGUUUCCGAUCCAGUUUUCUCAUUUUUAAGUUGAUUACAUGCCUGUAUAUAUUUUGAAAUUAAUUUGAACCUGAGUAUUUGGCACAUGAUGGCUUAAUAAAUUUUAACUUUCAAUAA